AUGUCCGAACAAGACCCCACCCCCAAAGACCUCGCAGACCGUGACCUCGAAGAGAAACAGCGCAAAGCCAAGGAAGACGCAGAACAAGCCCAGCUCCCCUAUAAAUGGACCCAGACGAUCCGCGACGUGGACGUUACGAUCCCUGUCCCUGCGAAUAUCCGGGGGAGGGACCUGGAUGUGUCGUUGAAGAAGGGGAGUGUACGGGUGGCUAUUAAAGGGCAGGAAGCUAUUAUUGAGGGCGAGUUCCCCCACCCCAUCCUCCUCGACGAAUCCAGCUGGACCCUCGAAACAACAACCAAACCCCCCGGCAAGGAAAUCUCCCUACAUCUCGACAAGGUUAACAAGAUGGAAUGGUGGGCACACGUUGUGACGACAGCGCCAAAGAUCGACGUAUCCAAGAUCACGCCGGAGUCGUCUAAUUUGAGCGAUUUGGACGGUGAGACGAGGGCGAUGGUCGAGAAGAUGAUGUAUGAUCAGCGACAGAAGGAGAUGGGUGGGUUGACAAGUGAUGAGCAGAAGAAGAUGGAUAUUCUUAAAAAGUUUCAGGCGGAUCAUCCUGAAAUGGACUUUUCCAAUGCGAAGAUCGGUUGA